AUGUGGACGGAUCAAAUUCUCUCAACUCUUGGACUGUGGAAUUUAGCUCAGAAAUAUAAGAAAAUUAUUAAAGAUUUAUUUCCAAAGCCUGUAUAAAACAAGAUAUAAUAUGUGUCCCUAACAAGUCGCAGUCUUUGGGAAUUAUGUCUCGACAAAAGCAGAAUUUGCUGUGGCUGUUGAUCAUCUGUUGUUCUACGUGCCAGAUAACCUCAGAAAAACUGAUAAUCCAAGUCGAAUCGACAGAUGAAUGUUUCUGGAACGAAAGUAACUCACCAUAUCCAGAUAUAAAAUGGAAAUGUCUGACAGCUCAUGAACCAAUAGGUCAGACUGUCAGACUAAAUAUCUCUUCUCUUGGACAAUGCAGAUCAUACAGUUUCAACAUAACAAAACAGGCGGAGCAAUAUGAAUUAAGAAUGAAUGACCUGGUUGAAGGCAUAAAACUAUGGUUAUUUACAAAUGAUAAUUGUCUGUCAGCAGUUCUGAAUUCAUCAGAAAUUGAGACUUGUCAGGCACAGGGUGGCAUAAUGAGCAUCAGCAACAUAAAUCUACAGACAGGAUGUCAGAACAUCGGUCCUGUUGAUCCUGAAGAGAAAUGUAGAAACGCCCAAUAUAACAAUGAUAUAUGCAGUGGGAAAGAAGGAAACAGAUACAUUCUAUGUUUAAAUGAGAGUGAAUGGAUGUGUGUGACCUGCAUUAAUGGAAGACCAACCACCACUACAGCAAUGUCACGCACCACAACUCACAAUCCAACUACCCAUUUUACAACACAUAUGACAACUCCAGAGCCAACUACAACUUUCACAUUAUAUAAAACAACUCCAGAGCCAAUUACAGGUUUCAAAUCACAUAAGACAACUGACAAUCCAACUACCCAUUUCACAACACAUACGACAACUCGUGAGCCACCCACAUUUUUCGCAUCACAUAAGUUAACUCACAGUGCAACAACCCAUUUCACAUCACAAACAACAACUCGUGAGUCAACUACAACUUUCACAUUACAUACGACAACUGACAAUCCAACUACUCAUUUCACAACACAUAUGACAACUGAGCUAACUACAAGUUUUACAUCACAUAAGACAACUGACAAUCCAACAAACUAUUUCACAGCACAAAUGACAACUACAGAGCCAACUUCAACUUCCACAUUACACACAAUUCCUGAGCCAACUACAAAUUCCACAACACAUAAGAUAACUCACAAUCCAACUACCCAUUUCACAACACAAAUGACAACUCCAGAGCCAACUUCAACUUCCACAUUACACAUGACAACUCCUGAGCCAACUACAACUUCCAUGUUACACACGACAACUCCCAAGUCAACUACAACUUUCACAUUACACACGGCAACUCCAGAGUCAACUACAAAUUCCAUGUUACUCACGACAACUCCUGAGUCAACUACAACUUCCACAUUACACACGACAACUCCUGAGCCAACUACAACUUCCACAUUACACACGACAACUCCUGAGUCAACUACAACUUCCACAUUACACACGACAACUCCUGAGUCAACUACAACUUCCACAUUAGACACGACAACUCCUGAGUCAACUACAACUUCCACAUUACACACGACAACUCCUGAGUCAACUACAACUUCCACAUUACACGACAACACACGGACAACUCCUGAGUCAACUACAACUUCCACAUUACACAUGACAACUCCUGAGUCAACUACAACUUCCACAUUACACACGACAACUCCUGAGUCAACUACACCUUCCACAUUAGACACGACAACUCCUGAGUCAACUACAACUUCCACAUUCCUGAGUCAACUACAACUUCCACAUUACACACGACAACUCCAGACAACUCCUGAGUCAACUACAACUUCCACAUUACACACGACAACUCCAGAGCCAACUACAACUUCCACAUUACACACGACAACUCCUGAGUCAACUACAACUUCCACAUUACACACGACAACUCCAGAGCCAACUUCAACUUCCACAUUACACAGGACAACUCCUGAGUCAACUACAACUUCCACAUUAGUUACGACAACACAUGACAACUCCUGA